AUGUCUCACAGAAUUCUGCUCACUGGAGCCUCAGGCUAUCUUGGAGGGACGCUCCUUGCUCGCUGGACGAGCGUCAACCUCCCACCGUACGAACGGCUAUAUGCGCUUGUCCGGACGGAAGAACAGGCCAAGUCUGUCGGGCAAUACGCCGCCGCGCCCGAGCCCCUAAUUUUCGAUAUCAAAGAUGAAAAAGCCGUGCGAUCUGCAGUUGUGGACAAUCGAAUCACCAUUGUAUAUUUCCUAGUCGAUGCUUUCCAGGUGGAUUCCCAGAGAUAUUUCAUUGCCGCCCUGGCCCAAGUGAAGAAGGUCACUGGUAUUGAUGUCCAUUUCUUGCAUACGAGUGGAGCGAAAAUUUUCUCCAGCCAUGCUGGUGCACCUAUCGAUAGGCCACUUUUGGAUACUGAAGAAGAGCUAUAUGAUAUUCAAAAGGCACAGGUUCCACUAAUUCCUCCAACCCAGACAGCCAUCAACACGAACAACACCGUGAUCGAGGACGCUACGGCACUUGGGGUGAAGAGUUACAUAUUUGUUCCAUGCAUCGUGUAUGGCAAAGGUGAAGGGUUCGGAAAUCGGAUUUCGAUUCAGACCGUCGCAAUAGUUCGAGCUGCACAAGCAACAAGGCAAAUGCUCAGUGUUGAUCCUGGACGGCCGACUUGGCCCGUGUGCCAUGUGCUCGACAAUACCGCAUUGUACCUCGAGCUUCUCCGAUCCAUCUUGGCCAACGAGAAUCCUGGCGAGGGACAGCAGGGCUACUAUCUCGCAGCUUCUGGCAGUGUCGCCUGGGUCGAUCUUUAUGCCGCAAUGGCGACCAGCCUCGCCAAGAGGGGCAUCAUUGACAACGAUUCCGUGGCCCCAGCUUCAGAUAAGGCGCUGGGUGAUAUGGCUACAGCUCUAGGCUGUACCAAGGAGCUGGUCGCAUUGCAGUUGGGAGGAAUGUGCACAUUCACGGCAAAGCAUGGGUCAGACAUCGGCUGGACACCGAAAUACGCAGCCAGUCACAUUCUGGAUACGGCGGAUGAAGAAGUGGAGUUGAUCUUGGCUGAGAGUGCAUCGUCAUGA